AUGUCUGGUCUACGGUAUAAACCUGGCGAUCCAAACAAUCCCUAUGAUCCAGCAGCACUCACAGGAGACCGUGAUGUAGACAAUGCAGCUGCCGCUGCGCGAAUGGCUGCUGAUCCAUCGAAGCUCGCUUUACUUGGCAAAUUGAAAGAUGAUCCAGACAAGAUGAAUCAGUUCCUUGAGAUGUUGAGAGCAGAUGCAGCUGAAGGAAUAGCCAGAGGCGAGACGCCCUUCGAGACCAUGAUGCGAGAGAAAGCGGAGUGGGCCAAGGCUGACGCCUUGAGCGCAAAGGUGAAAGAACGGGGAAAUGCUGCAUUCAGAGCCGGUGAUUUGAAAGAAGCGUAUAUCUGUUACACCGGUUGCAUCACAGAGAGCGGUCAUGAACCCACAUACUCGCUCAAUAGGGCCGCGGUGUGUUUGAAAGCUAAGGAUUAUAAACGAGCUGAAAAGGAUGCCACCGAUGCUGAGGAGAGCGAUCCAGGUUCAGUGAAAGCACUCUUCCGUCGCGCGCAGGCACGGCGCCACUUGGGGAAACUUGAUGACGCCGAGGCAGACCUAAAAGCCGCGUUGUCCGCAGCACCUAAUGAGCUCCCCAUCCAAGCAGAAUGGGAGGAACUCAAAAAAUUGAAGGCCAUGCCGGAAGACGAACGCAAAACCUGGCUUGAGGAGAAUCGUGGCAUAGAUUUGGCCACGACUUUCGAUCUGACUUUUACUCGACUUCAAGAGCUCGCAAACAAGGUGCGCGCCGAGUGCGAUACCGAAGAUGCGUAG